AUGGGGUGCUGCUUGGGAAAGAAAUCCCAUGCAGGCGCAAACGACACCGUUAAGAAAGGAGAAAACAUCGAUGUGAAGGACAUAAAUGCCGAAAUCAUUGAACAUUCGCAGACACAGGGAUCGAACAGAUAUGUACCUGAACCGCCAACUUCUCCGGUUCCACAAACUCCAACCGUGUUAAGAUUGACUUACAUCGCUCUUUAUGACUAUGAUGCUCGAACACAAGAAGAUCUCAGCUUCAAAAAGGGUGAAAUUCUCGAGGUAAAUAAGGAAGACUUGGAAAACGAUUGGUGGAGAGCUCGUUCUCGCGAGACCGGUGUGGAAGGUUUUAUCCCCAGUAACUACGUUGCUCCUCAAUUAUCACUAGAAGCUGAAGAGUAAGUUAAAUUUUUCUUGUAUUGUUAAAGGGUAGUCAGUCAUGGUGAAUAAAUGCGAUAAGAACCUUGUCAAAUCAAAAUUACUGGGUUUGGAAUUUGCUCAUUUCUGGAUUGGCCAAGAGGUCAGGUUCGAAGUCGUGGAAUGCAUGUUGAAGCUCGAAUCAGCUUUAUUGUUAGUGUCGUGCUAAAAGCGAUAAUUUAUUUCUUUGAUUUAGCAUUGCUUUAAGAAUGUUCUUUGGCAAACGCACAAUGAAGGAAUUAUGAAAUGCUCACUGAAAGGGAAAAUGCAUUUGGUAUUUAAUAUUUCUUAAUCUUUGUCUUACUCAGCACCCGGAAACUACUGAAACUUGCCUUGAGCAGCAUUUGUUUUGUUACGCAUUUUACGUUAUCCAUUAUUCGUGUUACUUCUUUGUUUUGGAGUGCUUUUCUUCAAGUCCAGCUUAGGUGUUAUAAUAGUUAUAAAUGACUACUUACCAAGUGUCAUAACUUUAAAACUACUUUGAUCGGUAUCAGAAAAAUGAAAUAAAUAUCUUCUUCCUCUUUGAAAGUUGAUAAUCUGAAACAUGACUUGGGAUCAAAUAACAAUACUUGGAUUUAUGGUUGCUCAAUAUGUACAUUGCCAGUGCUCAUUGAUAAAUGCCCUUUUUUUAAAAAAGUAUUGACAACAACAAAAUAGUAUAAUUAAGUUUACUUCAUUUUUCUCUGAUCUGUGAUCAAGUAUCUCAUAUACAUUUUUCUUCUAAUGUUUCAUGGUUUCUCUUGGAAAUUACUGUAUAAGCCUAAGCUCUGAUGGCCAUAAUAAAGCAUGUUGAUAACACUUUUUUGAGCCUGCCUAGCAAGCAUUUCCAAUCGAGUCAUUGCGUGAAAGUUAGAGCGGGAGCAAAAAAUAAGGUGAAAGAGGGACGGGAGGGGAGAAGAGGAAAUGCUUGUCCGCAAACCCCACGAUUCUGGAAAACGCCCUUUGAUACUUCACUGUUCGGUUCAUUUGUAAAUUGACAGCUUGUCAAAAUAGAAAAUAGUGUCGAAACGUUCUCUACAAUACAUGCCGCUAAAUUUCAAAUAAACAAAAAGAAUCUUUUCAUUUCAAAAAGCUUACAAAUCGCUUGUCCAUGGCGGCUUUAGCUAGUGUCAAGUGCCAAUGUUCUGAUCUAUGUUGAUGUUAUCUCCAAUAAUUCCAGUGAGAUCCGCAUGCCAUCAUCCUCAAUAAAUUGGCCUUCCCUAGUCUCCACUGCUCGAUCUCCAAUUAUACUUUGAAGACUCUGAUCUCAUAAACCUUCGUACAAACACGAUUCAAAUAAAUAUCAGUCCAAAGCAUUUGUAAUGUGUGACCACAAAUCAGAUGAGACCAGAUCUUUGACGCACGUAUCAAAACAAAGCAUACCUGGUGUGAUUGAUGUUUCGGGUGCUUAGUAAUCAACACUACCUGACUGCACCAAUCAGAAGCUGCGUGCGUGGGCGAACACAGUUUUUCAAAAUCUUAGGGUUUGCAGGCAAACGUUUCCUUCUUUCCCCUCCCCCUCCCCCGUCAUUCAUUUUUUCUUUGCUCUUGUCCCAACAUUCUCGACAAACUCACAAGGAAACGCUUGCUAUGCAGGCUACACUUUUUUUUUCUGCUCUACUCUUGUUAGUUUCUUCAAGAAAAAAAUCUUGAUAACCUUUUCAAGAAGAAAGCAAAGAAACAUUUUUUUUAUUUUGUAUUAAACAAUCCUUGAGGUUGACUGGCAUCUCUGUGGGGGUUGUAUCAGGCCUUUAAUGGUCUAACAAAAUGUAGAGCCAUGAUAGUAGCUUAAGUUUAUUAAUAUAAGAUCUUGUUCAACUGAAAUAUUAAGUGUUAAUGAACACUGAGAUUCUGACCAGCUGAGCAAAGCCACACAAAGAGGCACACAUAUAAGCUGGACCAUCCUUUUUAUUGGUAUCGAUGUCUUGUAGAGGCGGGUGGGGGAUGGGGUACUAUUUCUGUGUAACCAGGUGGCACAAGCAGUCCAACCCCACCAAUGGCCAGAGGCCAAAGAGCAAUGGCACAAUGACAUAAAUCCUUUAGAGGCAAGGAGCAGGCUAAGCGGCUGAUCAAUUUAAAAAUGGAUGAUUAUUUUUUAAAAAGCAAAAUCCUGUUACAAGAAAACUGACUGUAAAGCAAAGUAAAAGCUAAUCUAAAGUGAAUCAACACUAAUAUGGCACAAAUUAAAACAAGGAAAUAAGGCCAAUUUAUUUUUACCCCAUGUAUUUAACUAAACUGAAGAAGCUUGUAUAUAUGCAAUGAUAAACACAAUAGUAAGGCAGGGGAUGAGUAAAGAAUAGUUAGUUCACAUCCUGAUUGUAAAAAUAAACGCCCAGGCUCUUCCUAACUGGCAAAUAAUAGGUGGUGAAAGAGGGAUUAGAGAGAAGGAAUAGUAUAAACCAUACACAGGAAAACAAACCUGUGAAAUACCAAUCCUACUCAUAACUAAAAGAUAACUAAAUGUAAGACAACAGAAAAAUAUGUGAUUAAACCUAGCAAUAGAACAGGAAAUUGGCACUAAACAAUAACUGGAAUGAGACCAAAUUGCACAAUAAGCUAAAAUAGUCUAUAGAAAUGAGAAAAGUGAGGCCAAGUGACCCGCUCACAUCUAUUUUACCAGGAUUUUAAAAAAUUGAAAGUUUUGUCUGGAUAAUGUAACUAUUAUUGCCUUUCAGAGGGAUCCAUGUUUUUCAUAAGAAGGAAUGUACUAUACCUGCCAACUUUCUUUGUUUCAAAUGCGGGAGAUUUUUUGCCUUGUCAUGAAUGGGAUUUCCGAAAACCUCACAGCAACUUCCAAAGAUUUUGAAUGAUUUUCCAAAGACUUCUCAAUUGCCGAAAAUGUCCAGAGAUGUUCCGACGAUGUUUGUUCACCUCCAAAGCUAUUUGAAAGACGACAAUUUUAGUGUGCUUUAAUUUCAUUAGGACACAAAGCCAUCAUUCAUCAUUAAAUUGAAUUUUCAUUAUUAACCAUGUGUAAAAGAGGAAUUUGUCCAGAUUUGUGAAUGAGGGGUGAGGAAUUGUCCUUAAUGUGUGAGAUUGAUGUCUUUAAUCUGCAUGCAUGAGACUCACGCAUAGUGCAUGAGAUUUGGCAGGUAUAAUGUUGUGGCUGAAUUUGUUGCUCUCUUACGUUGUAGCUGGUACUUUGGUGAAAUAAAGCGUCCAGAGGCAGAGAAGAUCCUGAAGACAAAACCAAAUGAGCAUGGAGCAUUUCUGGUGCGUGAAAGUGACAAAGGGGGAUUUGCUCUUUCCAUGAGAGAUGGAGACACGGUCAAACACUACAAAAUUCGCACAUCAGAUGAAAAAACCUUCUUUAUAGCCCACAACAAUCAAUUUGAGUCUCUUGUUGAACUGAUUCAUCAUUAUUCUCAAAACGCAGAUGGUUUAUGUGAUGUUCUAAAGGUUCCUUGUGUCAAGGUAGGUUUUGACUGAUCGCAAAUGACUUGAGGUGCUUCCUGUUAUGCUAAAAUUUCCCAAAUUUCAGUAGCCUGUGUAGCAAGCGUUUCCGUUUGGUUUCGGAGCAAAGAAAGACCGAGGAAUGGCAUUUUUGGUUUUGGCCAUGCGAAAAAUGGAACGAGAGCUUACUUGCGCCAUUUUUCAUGCAGUCUUUGACUCGUGCUGGUCAUUCUUUGCUCCAAAACAGCACUGAAACACUAAAAUUUCAGUUGAAGCAUGAAUGUUGAGGGGUUGAAAAGCUGUACCUGUACACCAGUACACAUGUGAGUACUUGAAAAACAAUCAAAGAUAAAUUAAAACAAAAUUUAAAAAAGAAACAAGCAAUGGAACAAAAGCUAAAGGAUUGCUGGAAAGCAGAACAACAUUACUGUGUAUAUUUAUACUGCCCUAAAUGUAACUGCUUUCAGAUAAUUUUGUCAAAACAAAGUGUUGUGUUUUUCCCACACACAAAAGCCAUAACUCUUGCCUAAAAUGUUCCAAGAUCGAGUGAGAUGAUUGCCUCAGCAUACUGAUAAGAAAUUUAACUUAAUUAAGUAACCUGCGAGAAAACAAUUUGGGAGAUGAGGUUGGGUUGAUUUGGAAAAAUGUGCAUACCUCUGGGAAAUUUAUAGCUACGUCCUUGAUGGUUUUCAUGGAUAAAGAUGGUCUACACUCUUUGACCAGUUUAUUUUUUAUUAUUAUUUUUUUAAGUUGAAGUUUAUUUCUGUCAUCAGUUGUUUUGGUUCAACCAAAACUUACCAAACUUACCGUACAAUUUUCAUCUUGCUUUACUGAGAAGCAACCAGUACUUUAAUCAAAGUAUGAAUGUUAUUAUUAUACUUCAGUCCAAGGGCAAGUGUUCUUUUGAUUAGACAAGGUUAAGUUCCCUUUUUCCUUGGUUAAUUCCAUUGGUCUCUGACUGGUCAGCCUGGCGUUAUAAAUAUUAUUGAACACACCCUUGGGUUCUACAUGGAUCUUUUAAGUUUAUGGGAAAAAUCCUCUUGUGUAACAAAACAAUGUUAAGGCUUGUAUUGAGCUCUUUGAUCCUAAGAAUUUUUAUGAGUGUGAGGGUUGACUAAUAUUGUUUAUUGUUACCCUUUUGUGAAGUAUAAUGUUGGUCAGAGAAGAAACUCUGUUUGUGGCCAAGCAGUUAGAGUGCUAAAAUGUUGUAAUCUGAAGGUCAUGAGUUCAAUCGCUGCCCAAACUGCUAGCUGGAUUUGUUCUUGGUAGUCCCAGGUUCAACUCGUCAGCAAUGCUAGUAAAUACCCAGGUUUGCCUCUGGACAGUUGGGUUUCUUAACUCGCUGGGCCACAAUGAAAACUACUGGUAAAUACCAGUAACUGUGUUACCCCUAGUCAGUCUUUUUUGUGAGGGUAUCUCACUUUUUUGAAAAACACUCAUAUUCAUGUUAGUGUUCAUAGAUAUAGUUUACAAGGUCAUUAACAAAAUAAUAAGUGAGUCACAAAUCACAGAGCAGUUGUAGUCAAGCCAUUUCUUACAAAAAUGUACCCUAAUAUAAUUAAGUUGAAUGUUACAUAUUCAGAGCUGCAAGUUAUAGAAUAUAUGAUAUGGGCUUUUGACAGUAAAUAAUUUUGUCUGUGACAAAAUUCUACUUGUGAUCCAACAUAAGUCAUUGUCUCAAAUUCAGGCUACAACCUGAUGACUUUCAUUUUGAAGCUGAAGAUUUUUAUUCUUCACUUUGUGCUUAUAGAAAUUUAUUGUCAACACAGUAUUCUAAAUCCUCCAAUAAUGCAUCUGGUUUGUCACACUCAAUUGGUAUCUUGGUCAAACAAAUGCCUUUUGUGUCCUUUGCAUCCAUAAGAUAUGAAGGGAAGUUUGAAAGAGACCAUAAAAAGGUUUUAUUGUACAGUGGAACCCUGCCUUACGGCCACCUCAGUAAUACAGUCGCAGCCUUGUUAUUACAGCCAUGUUUUUUGGCUUGGCAAAACUGCCAUACAUUUUCGUACCAAAAAAAAACACUGUUAUUGCAGUCACCUAUUAAUACAGUCAAUGGACACAUUAUGAAAUCCCAAACAGUAGAAUCUCUUAUAAUUGCACCCCAUUUUUAUGGCCACUGCUUGUGCAUUUCAAUAAUAAUUUCAUUGAACUCUGUUAUUUAGUAAUCAAACAAGUGAGCUGGUUUGGGUUUUCUUUAGUCAAAGGGUAACGCUAACAUGCAGAUGCCCUUUUGCUAUUGGCUGGAAUGUAGAACAAGCCAGUCAAAGCUCACCAAUGUUUUAUUUUUUCACAAUCCUGAACAUUAUUGCACGAUGUACCUGUAAAAAAAGUCAGAGAGCUCAGGACCUCCGUUUUCAGAAGCAUAUUAUGCUGAGCCUGUAUUUUCAACAGUUUAAUAGCCAAAAGUGUUUUUUGUUCUAAUUGAAGUUUCAGGCAGGGCAGUUUUUACAGUUACUGUUCUUAAAUCUGCAUUGCCAUUAUAGAGUUGUUCAUUAUGGCCCUUGUUAAGUUGUGAAGUUUGACUUUGCCUGAAAAAUAACAGCCACUCCAUUAAUACAGCCUGUUUUUUCACUUAUUGGUGACGGUAUUAAUGAGGUUCCACUGUACUUAAUCUUUCCACUAUGUUUAUGUCAUAAGGUUGAGAAACCCCAGACUGUUGGUUUAUCACAUGACACUGUUGAUGCCUGGGAAAUACCACGAGAAACACUCAGACUUGUCAAGCGUCUUGGGCAAGGCAACUUUGGAGAGGUGUGGGAGGGUGUGUGGAAUGAUACCACUGCUGUUGCAAUAAAGACAUUGAAGCCAGACACAAUGAAUCCAAAGGCAUUUCUGGAGGAGGCAGAACUGAUGAAAAAAUUAAUCCAUCCCAAAUUGGUGCAGCUCUAUGCAAUUUGCUCCAAAGAAGAGCCUAUUUACAUUGUGACGGAACUGAUGCAAAAAGGAAGCCUACUUGAGUACCUGCGAAGUGACGAGGGGCGGAAGUUGAAAGAAGCAGAUCUAAUUGACAUGGCUGCCCAGAUUGCUUCAGGCAUGGCUUAUCUCGAAAAGCACAACUAUGUCCAUAGAGAUUUGGCAGCAAGAAAUAUUCUGGUUGGAGAAAAUAACAGUGUCAAGGUAGCAGAUUUUGGCCUGUCACGUGCCGUAGAAGACUUCUACGAAGCACAUGAAGGAGCAAAGUUCCCCAUAAAAUGGACAGCUCCAGAGGCCUGCCUUAAGAACCAGUUCUCCAUUAAAUCUGAUGUGUGGGCAUUUGGAAUCCUGUUGACAGAGUUGGUGACAUAUGGUAGAGUGCCUUAUGCUGGAAUGAACAACAAACAGGUGAGAAGAACAUGCCCACACCUUAGGUUAAUAAACCCUUCCACGUUAUUUUUUUUAACUUUUGAUGAAGAGCAGUAAGCGAAUAUCCAUCAUCACUUCUAGAAAGAGGGCCUUAAAAUAAUGCCACUUAUCAAGUUUAAAGGUGAUCUAAUGCUCCGCAAAAUUGCACAAUUUUUUAUUGAUGUUUUUUUAUGCUGGGAGCACAAACUUGCCCCCAACCUUACUAGCCUCAGCUGUAAAAUUCUGCAAUUUUGGGGAACUUUAUCUUCAUAUAUUUUUAUCGCCUAAAGCUCUUCUUUUUACAUGGUAAUCCUGGAUAAGUAUUGGACUACCUUUCAGCUCAUGAUGGUUUAAGAGUCUAACCUAUCCUAAAUAUGCAUAAAAUUUAAUAGACAAAUCAGGGGCACCCAACAACAAUUUUCGGAAAAUAUCUGUUCAGAAGACGAUUUGAGAUCUAGAAUUUUUGGAACAUUUUUUCCAAAUUUCUUGCUUGUCUGCCUCUCCUAGGAUUUUCAAACAUCUAAAAAAUGGUAUAAUUGCCCAUUUUAAAUGGAUUUUUACCCUAAAAAGGUGACCUACUAUUUUCAGGAGCCUUUUUUCUGGCUGAAAUUUUCGAAUCACUAGACUUUCAGCUAGGAAAUCCAAACAGAUGAAAAAUUUUUAGGGGAUAAAAAUACGCCUAUAUCUACUGUUUUAAUUCUAAAAUACGUUUAACGGUGCUAUGUUUAAGUGGUUUUGAACUAUAUUCUCGUUGGGUGCCCCUGAUAAAUGCUGUUGGUGAAAGUAAUAUGACUAGAAUGGAGUUGAAAUCAUUCUUAAACACGUACAGCACUAUAAUUUUAUUGUUGUUAUUUCUUAGGUUGUUGAAGAAGUUGACCGAGGUUACAGAAUGCCAAAACCAUCCCUUUGUCCUGAUAAGCUGUAUGAUCUAAUGAAGGCAUGUUGGAAAAGUGAACCACUCGAACGACCAACAUUUGAAACUCUAACAUGGAUGCUGGAAGACUUUUAUCAGAACGAUUCAAAGCAGUAUAAAGAAUUGGCCAAUUGA